AGGACUAGCUGGACCGAUGCCAAUCCUGGACGGAGAUUCUAUGGAUGUAGCAAGUUUGGGACGAACAGAGCAUGCAAUUAUUUUCGAUGGUAUGACCCAGCUCUUGAUGAGCAUAUGAGAUGCAUUGUUCAGAAUUUCCAUCGUCGUAUAAUAGAGUUAGAGAGAAGACAACCGAGGGGAGCAUACAAAAUAAGCUUCAAAAUGGCUUCCAUCCUCACUGUUGUAGUCCUUGUUGUUGUUUUCAUUCUGCUGGGAAAGUAGCAAUGUGUGUUAGAAGAAGAAUAUGAUGUUUCAUUGGUAUCACUAGAAUAAUAUUUUUCUUUCAUCUGUACUACUAGAAUGUUGUUUUCCUUUCAUCUGUACCACUGUAAUAUUGUUUUUCUUUUCACCAAGGC